GAGGCCCAGUAUUGUGGGCGGGUAAAAGGAAUUCAAAUUCGAAUGCGGUGUUCUCUUUUUCCGGCUUCGUUCCCAUUUCAUUUUCCCAAUUGCACCGAGAAAAUCAUUUCUGCUUCACCUCAGACUAAAGCUAUGAAUUCUCAAACUGAGCAACGAGAACGUAGCUCAAAGAGGCAAUGGUCCCUGCAGGAUUUCGAGAUCGGAAAACCCCUCGGCAGAGGCAAAUUCGGGAGGGUCUAUCUCGCCAGAGAAGUCAAGAGCAAAUACGUGGUGGCGCUGAAGGUGAUUUUCAAGGAACAGAUUGAGAAAUACAAUAUUUUUCAUCAGUUGAGGAGAGAAAUGGAGAUUCAGACCAGUCUUCGACACCCUAAUAUACUGCGACUCUAUGGGUGGUUUCAUGAUAAUGAACGCAUUUUCUUGAUUCUCGAGUAUGCUCACGGAGGUGAACUUUAUAAAGAGCUCAGAAAGAAUGGCUAUCUCAGUGAGAAACAAGCUGCCACGUACAUUGCAAGCCUCACAAAAGCCUUGGCUUAUUGUCAUGAGAAACAUGUAAUUCAUAGAGAUAUCAAGCCAGAAAAUUUGCUGCUUGAUCAUGAGGGCCGAUUAAAGAUUGCAGACUUUGGAUGGUCUGUACAGUCAAGUAGUAAAAGGCACACUAUGUGUGGAACCCUAGACUAUUUGGCACCAGAAAUGGUGGAAAAUAAAGCUCAUGAUUAUGCAGUUGAUAACUGGACUUUGGGGAUCCUUUGCUAUGAAUUUCUCUAUGGUGCCCCUCCAUUUGAGGCUGAGAGUCAAAGUGACACAUUCAGAAGGAUAAUGAAGGUUGAUUUGAGCUUCCCUUCCACCCCAACUGUCUCUGCAGAGGCCAAAAAUCUUAUAACUCGGCUCCUGGUGAAGGACUCCUCAAAAAGGCUUUCACUUGAGAAGAUCAUGGAGCACUCCUGGAUAAUUAGGAAUGCAGAUCCUUCAGGUACUGGCAAAAAGUAGCAGUGCUGAACCUGGGAUGUAAACGUCAUGUUAUCAGAUUGAGGAAUGACCAUUACUGUAACUUCAUUUGUAUCUAUGUCAUUCAAAUUUGGAGAAAACAAGGGAAAUUGGUUUCAGGGGAUUCAUAUAUCCAAUCUCUAAGCGAUGAUAGAACUCUCCUCCAGUUUCCACAACCAGAAGGCUAUGUUUU